GUUAUUAGUCGGCCGCGCGCGCUCCGGCAAGCAUGUGUUUCGCGUGACGCGUCCGGUACAUCGCGGCGGCACGUUCGAUUUCGUUGAGUCGAUCGUGGUAAAGCAUGGCUCCGCGACGGCAAGGCGCGACCGGCGAGCGGGAGUCUGACGACACCCAUGGGUGCUGCGUCCCCGGCGAGUGCCUACGCCCCCGAGAUCCCGUGCGCGUUGAGGACGCCAUCCGCGUGCUAUGCAACAACGACACGUGCGCCGCCGGCCGGUAUAUGCACAGAGAAUGCUUCGAGCAAUGGGAAGCCGGGGUCCUCGCUUAUCUCAAGUCCUGUGGCCGUGCACGCUCAUGGUCCGAGAGGCAGAGACACCAGAAUCUAUGGACAAAGAAGGGUUACGAUUUGGCGUUCAAGGCGUGCGGCUGCCGAUGCGGUCGUGGCCACCUGAAGAAGGAUUUAGAUUGGACACCGCCUGGCACGGCUAUUAGAGCAGAUGAUGAGAAGAAGAAGCGCAGGAGAGCUAGAUCCGGCCGUACUCCGGCGGCAGUCGAUGUCCGCACAAGAGCGUUCAGUCUUUCUAGCUCGGGAUCGUGCUCACCGCCAUCCGCAUCCUCAGAACCAUCGGCGAGUCCCACACACGCUCCUCCUCUCACAUUGACACCUGCAAAGAGGAACUCGAAACCAGAUUUCGUAUCCGACAGGAUCAGAGCCGGCGCUGGCGCAAAUGGCAUCUUUUCACGAAGACUGGACUUCUCAACAUUCAACCUUCUACCCAAGCAUAAAGUCAACUCAUAUCAGAUAAAGAUUGAGGACGAGGGUAAUCACGGCAACGAUGACACGAGGCUGUUCAUCCUCUCGACGCUCGCUGGGCAACACAAACCACGCGUAUCCUGCGCUCUGUGCAAGGAAACCCUGCAUGUCUUCGAUCGCUACCCGCUGGUGGAUGGCACCUUCUUCCUCAGCCCACGGCAACACAUGAGCAGCGCUGUGGAGGUGAAAGUGGAAGGUCGCACGCAAUACCUGACGUGUGUGUGCAUGGGAUGCCUGGAACGAUGCGACCUAGACCGCACGAUUCGUUGCCGCUUCUGUGGCCAAAAGUGGGACGGCUCAUCUCUUGUUCUUGGAACAAUGUACUCCUAUGACAUCUUCAUGGCUACGCCCUGCUGCGCUGAGAGAUUGAAGUGUAACAACUGCUAUAAGCCACUUCUGCACCCACACCAGCGGCUGAACUAUUCUGACUACUCGCACCCAGUGACGUGCCCGCAUUGUCGCGUGGUGGACACGCACUUCGUUAAGCCGCUGUCUUACUGCUUCACGAAACGGGUUUUCCCGCUAUUCCAGCAGUGGCCAUAACAAACAGCGGUGCCGGGGCCCUCUCC